AUGGGCAAGCCUCUUAGCCGUCCCGGGUGUUUCAGGAAGAGCUCCUGCUGCCUGGAGAAACAUGGAGCUGGGGAUGGGGGAGUGGGAGGCCGAGCUGGGGGAAUGGAAGGAGGAUACGGAGACGGCUACGUACCCCAACGGUCCAUCUAUGAUACCAUGUGCAUCAAUCAACAGAUUGACAGCCAUCACCAUCACCCUGGAGGGUCCAUAAGGCGAGACUGUGGAGGUUACCAUACUCCAGUUUUUUUCUCCCCUGCCAAACCUCGCCCCAGUCAGACUCAGAGUUUGCGCUGUUCCCCUCCCCAGAUCAUCCAGCCAAGGCAUUACUCCCAAACCCAGAGCCUUAGGCUGUCACCACCACAGGAGCUUAGGCGAUCCCCGUACCGUGCCCCGCUGGUCCAACUUUCUGCUCACGAUCUCGAGCAGGACCUGAGGGAUCGAGGAGGAGGAUGGGGCCGAAGUGAGCGAGAAAGGGAGUGGGAGAGGGAGAGAGAAAGGGAGAUGGAGAGAGGGUGGGCCCAGCGAGAGUGGGAAAGAGAGAGGGAAAGGGGGAGGCUGGAGAGGGAGAGGGCAAGAGAAAGGGAGAGGAGAGAAACCUCUUUUGGGACCUUCGGGUAUGGUCGACCAGUUCCUCUUCGUUCAGACAGAGACUCUGUGUUUUUAGAGUCCGACCAGGUUCUAGACACAACGCCACUGUUGCACCCCCAGCCAUCACCUUCACCCUCCCCCAGUGCUGCGCCCAGAAUGGGCACCUGCGCUGUGGGUAGGAAUAGAGCUGGGUCAAAGGUUGGCCCUGAAAGUGUAGGUGGGGUUAUGGUUUCAAAGUUUGACAAUGGAAGUGUGGGUUUGGUGUUAGUUGACAGUAAAUCUGGGUGUGGGCCAAGGUUAGUAAGUGAAGUUCCAUCUGGAAAGAUGUCAGAGGCAGAAAUCAGAGCUGGAAUACAAGAACACCAUAGAACUGAAAGUUGGAACAAAUAUGACAACGGAUCCAGAGCUAGCAUUAAAAAUGGGUCUGAAACAAGAAUGGGCACCCAGGUGAAAACAAGACCAGGGGGACGGGAUUUGGAAGGAAAAGUGCAAUCUGGGAUGGAAAAUAUGGCUCCAGUUGUGAGCAAGGAGGGACACAGGGGAGGGUCAAGGAGUGGAGAAAAAUCUGGAAGGGUUGUGGCUAAACCAGAACGUAUUGCUGAGGCUAUACCUUCAACUGUGACUGACACUGAGAAUAAGGUUGAGACUGGAGAUAAAGUUGAGAUUGGAGCUGGAUCUGGUCCGGGGAUUAAGUCAGACAUUGAAGCAGGGGUUGAAUCUAAAACUAGUUCAAGGGAGGUGGAGAACAGGACUGGAACAGAUGGAGGUGCAGCAAAAGUUAAUAAUAAUGAUGUUGGUUCAGCAACAGAGUCCAGAGUAGAAGCUAAAGUUGAGACAGAAGUUAAGAUUGCUCCUACAUCUGAGCCUGAAGCAGUACCAAAAACUAGGGUUAGUAAUGAGACAGGGACUAAGAGUAACACUGAGACUGGAGUUGUCACUGAAAACCAGAACAACAGCAAGACAAAAGAUGAAGCUCAGAUAAGUGUUGUGGCUGGGGAUAAAACGGCUACAGCCCCUGCAAAGCAGGCUGAAAAAAAGACUUUGGACAUCGAUAAAAUAGAAUCUACCCAUGUAGAGAAAGGUUCCAGGUCUCAUAAAUCCAAAUCAUCCAAGUCCAGCUCCAGGACUCGACCUGGCACGGCCACAGGGCUCCAACCAGGCGUAGUCAGCCCUCGACUAAGCAGAGGGAUUGGGGACCUUGAGUCAACAGGCCCCACUGAGGGCAUUGAGUCCACCUGGCCUCGCCGAAUCAUGGUCAGAAAGAGGACUGUUCGGCAGGGUGGGGCACUCCACAACCUCCCUAUUCUCCCCCCACUCCCCUCUGUCCUCUCAGCAUUGGAGAAGAGGCGCCCACAUGCCCACCUCCACCCCCGUCAAGGCUUCUCAGAGAACCCGCUAACAAAUGUAAUUAAUGCCACAAGUAUUGUGGGACGAUGCUCACUUAAAGAGCCCUCCCAACCUGAACCAGGACAGGGGGCCAAUUUGGUGGGCAGGGCUUCCCUGAAGGAGCAGAACUUGGAACACUGGAGGGUCUGCAGAGAACAGGAAGAACACAAGAGAUCCAGGAGCAAGGAGAAACAAGGAGAGCACAGUAAUGAGAAGACUGAGAUGGAGGAGAGUAAGGGGAAGGAAGAGAUUAGAGAAAAGGAGAGAAGAGAAGAGAAAGACAAAAGAGAGGAGAACGUGGGUAAGGAGAAAGAGAAAGUUAGUGAGGGGCUGGUGGAGGAAAUCAAACAAGAAAAAUCAAAGAGAAGGGUUGAAGGGAAAGUGCAAGAGGAUGGUAACAAAAAAGAUGUUAUGAAAAAGGAAAAGCAUGUAGAAAUAAAGUGUGAAAAGGUAGAAGAUAGAGGAAUAAAGAUUAAGGAUGGAAUACAAGAGCAGCAUGGACAAGAGUUUGAGGAGGUGGUGGCUAAAUUAAAGAAAGAAGAUGGUGAGGUGGAGGGAGGAGACGGAGGGACAUUUGGAGAGGAAGGGGGGAUGGAGAGUUGGGAUGCUGUCCUUGAGAUGGUCACCACAUUGUGGGACGACGGCUGGAAGCAAGGGGGAGCAGGAGGAGUGGGUGAUACAGAUUCCUUCUCAGGCUCCCUGCAACGUUGGCCUCUCCUCCGGCCCCCGAUUGGCUUUGGGGGCUCCCACCCCCCCUCCUCAGCAGCCUCGGAGCUCAGCCUGACAGAGUUAGAAAGGAGAGCCAGGGAGCUUGACUCUGACCUGGAGCACCUAGACCUGUCUCAGCCCCAUAGGGACACCCAGGAUUUAUACCAAACACUGCUGGAGCCACAGAGAGAACGGGCUGACAUGUACCAAACACACCCUGGGCCGCAGAGGGAGAAAGCUGCUCUCAUGACAGGAGUGGGGAGCAGAUCCCAGGUCAGUUUGGAGCUCAGUGCUAUGGCCUCCCCAACUACAGACACAGACAGACCUCCUGUUGACUGGUCAACCAAAUCUACUGGGACAUCCACUGUUGGCACAAGCUACACUAAGGAGGACAGCUCUCCAGACUCAAACCUCACGCUGGAGUCCGACUCCAGUGGCGUCUUCCUCUCCUUAUCCAAUCAGAGCCAGGAAGAGGCCGGCUCUGACAGCGACCAGCCAAUCAGUGGCUCCGACCUAGGCAGCAGCAGUACAUCACUGGAGAAAGACGGGGACGAUGGAGGGUUGAAGGAAUGGGGUAGGGAGGAGAGUGCAGAGCUGCAGUGGUGCUACCCAUCACUCCUCAACACCUCCAUGCAUGAAGACAUAGAAGGAGAUGGUGAGAGAGAGGAAGCAGGGUGUGGAAAAAUGGGGGGAGAUGAAGAGAGAUGGAAAGAUGAUAAUGGAAGGAGAGUUGGAAAAAUAGGAACGGUUUCAAUCAUUAAGUCCCCACAUGACCAUGCAGAUAUUGAGGGCCCCAUGACCCUAAAUGCUCCACAAAGUGAAGAAAUUCCACCUAGGAAAAAGGUGACCCUCAUGGGAAGUGACUCCCCUCUUCCUCUGUCUCCCUCAAAACAACCAAUCAAACACUUUCUAGAUCCUAUUCAGAAGCCAAUCAGAAGCUCAGGACUAGACUGUGGCGACUUAGAUCCUUUUGUCCAAUCAGACAGCUUUGUUUACCUUGCUGUGUCUGCAAGACCUGCCUCCCAGGGUGAAGUCACCACAAUGUCUGAAGUUCCCAUCCACGAUACAAAACAAGACAGUGUACAGCAACACUUGGACAGCAUGAAAACACACUUGGGCCAGUCAAAUACAGAACGGAACGCCAAGCCAACUCCCCUGGCCCCACAGAAACCAGAGGAAGGAGACUUUCUGUGCACUGACAGCUUUGUCUACCUGGCUGCUCCAGCAUGCCUCUUACUGGGCCCUGCAGGAACCACACCCUACAGCGGCAGGGAGUCAGACUCGGAAAGUUCAGGAUCUGGCCCUGUUGAUCUGUCAGUGCUGGGUUGUGGCUCGGUGGCAGGGGACAGUGACUGGGACUCAGACCUGUCUGACUCCGAUCCCAGUCGCUCUUCCAGAUUCUCUGCUGCUGGCAACAAAUGUGCCAGCGUAGCACGGCCCAAGCGACUGCCUGCUGAACUGGGCUGGGACUUGUUCGGAGAAACCACCGAGCCUGAAGUGCUGAGUGAGCUCUUCAGGGAACAGGACAAAAACAACAAUGGCAAAGCAAGGAAGGUUACAGGGGUUACCACCAGCAUGGCAGCAACACAGGCCAUUCCCAUGGCAACUCAGCCUGUCACUACGCCACUGAAGCGGGAGGCAACAGUAGAGCAGUCGUCAACAUCGAAGAAGGUGACAUGGCAGUUUAAACCAGCCCAGAGGUCAGUCUGCACAGGAAGCAGGAAGGAGAAAGACAAGGAAAUGACAUCAUCAUCAUUGGCAAGGUUCACAGAACUGGAAGGCGAGACCCAUAGGCCCUCCCCUUCAUCUUCAUCUUCUUCAUCAUCGUCACCAUCGUCAUCCUCUUCUGGUUGAUAUGUGAAGGAUAUUGUUUUUGUCCAACCAUUUGGGAGAAUCUGUCCUGAAACGGAGUUGGUUGCAGAAAGGUAGAAAAAAUCUUCAACUCAUUGUGUAGAAACUGAUGGUGGGAACGACUCCAGCCUGUUUUUGCCUGUAAAUUUUGAAUCUUGCAUCAAGCUGCUGCCAUUGCCUUCUUAUGACCUUCUAAAGGCUGCAUAAAAGACUAGUUAUUUGUUGCAUUUUCUUAGAAUAGCCUACACAAUAUCGUAUAUAAUCAGUUUAAGUUUGAGAGAGUGUGAGACUCAGGCUAAACAGAGACCUUCAGGUUGAGAUUAUGUGGAAAUACGGCCACUGAUUAAACACUUAGGUACAGUAACAUAUGCACAGUGUCAUUCUUAAUGGGGUUUUGUUUUCAGCGGUCAAAUUUUGAAACACAGGGUUGAUUUAUUAGUUACACAGUCACAUUAUUCUCGAUCUAAAUAAUAAAUAAGAAUAGUUCUGUGGGUUUUUUAUUCUAUUGAAUGUACUGUACAGAAUACACACAACUACAAAAUCCUUCCUAAAAGAGAAUUCACAUAUCAGGCAUUGUCAAUUAUUUGGCUUGGUCACCUCAAACAUUACUAAAAUGUUGGAAUGUUGGAGUCACAUGACACAUAAAAGUGACCACAGUUGGAGAUAAGAAUUUGUGUUGAACUCCGACAUUCUAUUAUUGUUUUAUAAGGAUCAAACAACGUUAAUGUGUCUCAGGCCUUAUAUCAAAUUACACUUAUAAUGCCUCACUUUAACGCCUACUCUUACUACUUCAUAUCUGUACUUUAAAAACUGACUUUUAAAAGCCGACUGAGGUCAAACUUUACAGUGUACAAUGUAUUUUAUAAUCACAUCCAACUUUACAGUGUAUUUAACAGUGUGUCAAUAAUAUAUUUUGAACAUUGAGAUAAUUAUAGAGCGAGAUAUAUAUAUGUGAUGAAUGUGCAAACACGAAUAAAUAAUGGCAGGAUUUAGUAAUAUCAUUUAAUUUAAAUGUGUUAUUUAUCAAUUAGAUUUGAAAUUGUGAAUGUAAUAAUUGAGCAAUAUGCUUACAAAUUCAUGCUAUAUUCUAUGUUUCAUAUGUGGAAAGUGAUGUGUAUAAUAAUGGCUGAGUUUGAUUUUAUUUAUACUGCCAAAUACUAAUUGUAAAUGCAGUCUUACACUCAUUCAGAGGUUCUAUGUGUAACAUUUUUAAACAUCAAGUCAUCAUCAGGCAGCUUAGUAUAAUUGCCAUAAACAAUGGGACCAUGGCUGAGAUGAUUGAUAGCCUUUGUCACACUCUAGUGUUAUUUUUAGUGCUAGUGUUUCUCAAAAGACUUCAUCUCCCAUAAUCCCCCUUAUGUACUGUCUCUCCUCAUAUCCACGGCAUCUUUGGCUUUACUGGAGAGGAUAAACAUGUUGGAGGCCACCAUUUGUCGCAGUGAGAACAUUUGACAGAUUUAGCUGAAAGUAAAGCAGUCCAGAAGAUUUCCCUCCAAAUCUAAGUUGGUAGCACACACUAUGUAAAAUUGCAGUGCGGAGGCUGGUAGAGCUGCCAGUCAUCCCAGCAGUGGUCUUGUUGUUGAGUAAUUAUACUAAUGCGUCAAAAUGAACGUGGUAAUCAUUUGAUGUUAAAAAUGAUACAUGUAGCACCUUUAAAUGAGAGCACAGUGCUAUCAGAGUUGUUAUCCUAUUACAAAUGUGACAAACGGAAGGUGUCAGGUUCACAGAUUAUUGUCAGUUACACAAUAAUUAUUCUUGUUACAAUUUGAGGUGGUUAUGAAAGACUGUGUGGGAAAUCAUGGCCUGACAGGCAUAACGCUUCCCAAGCAGGUUUGGUUGUACUAUUUUACAUUUGCACUUCAAAUUGGGCAGUGAGAGGUAACUGUUUGAAUUUUGACAACUUCUAGUGUGUGUGUUUGACAGUGAAGGUGAUGGCAGUAGAGUUUGGAGGGUGAAAUGUGGGGAUGCUGUGGCCAUAUUUCUUGAUUGAUGUGGUAAGUUUAUUUUAGAUGAAAACUGUUGCCUUGUCACUGCCCUUACGAUCAGUGAAACGCUCAGCCAGUUCUAACUCUUGAUGAUGAUGCUCUGUGUAAACCGACAGGAUUUGGUAGAGCUGAAUGCAGCUGUCAGGUUCAGUGAGAGAUUUAUUUCUUUUGAGCUCAGAUUUACAAGCACAUCCACAGAGUAAUUAAGUGCUUUGAUAGCAUAUCUGUAUUUGUAAAGCUGCAGGAAUGUCAGAAUGUUAAUCAGGACUGAACUAAUGAAUAAGGUUUAAAAUCACCACUGACCCUGGCAGCUUCUGAUUUUAUUACCCGUGUUAAAAUGCAUUGGAUGUACAUUCCUUGAUAUUGCAGUUUCAAAACAUAAAAGUUAGGGGGCUGGAAUAAUGCUACCCCCAGGUUUUUUGUGUGUGUCAGUUUGUGGUAAUUUGAUUAGACAGAAAUGCAUGUGACACAAUAAGGAGUGUUAGCCUUUGCAAAAUCCAUUACAAUCAUAGAAUGUACAACUUGGAGUGUUGGGCAAAUUACUUGAACUGUAAUCAAUUACUGAUUACUCAUUGAAAAAGUAAUUACAUUACUUUACUAAUUACUCAUUGAAAAAGUAAUGCAUUACAUGACUUGCUUUUUUUUUCUGCCCAGCUCCAUCAAAGGUGCCUUUAAACAACUCCAAAUCCUCCACACUCUGCAACUUUUGUAUUUAUAAAAUAUAAAAGGGAGACAUUGUGGUUUACAAUUUGGAGGGAUUUACUGACCAUUCAGCAACUAGCUUAGAUUAGCUUUGAUGACUGCACACAGUACUCCAUAAAGUCCUAAACUUACAUUAACGUUAGCAAGCCAUUUAAGAAAACACAUGUAAAUAAGACAAGAGUACCAUUUCUGUUCUUUUAGCAUGCAUUAACUGCCUCUCCACAUUUCAAGUCCCUGUGCCAAGCUAGCACGUCCUGGACCAGAGAGACCAAACUGACUGUUGCUGUCUGUUUAAGGUCUGUGUAUCAUUCGUUUACUCAAUAGCCUAUUUCAUCUGAAAUCUGAAAGUUUUUGAGGCCAUCAAAAAAGGAAAAUAAUUUUUAUUCUUUUGCGAAACAAAACAACAAAUCUAAUUUCAGUUUUUAGAUUUUGUCAGAUUUGUGGAUUUCUGACCUUUCUUCCUUGUGUGUUUGUGCGGAACAUGAUUGCUGCCCUUACCUGGAAGGUCCUCGCAGGACAAAAUAGUAGAAUGUUAUCAUCAUUUUAAUGAUUUCUCAGGAGAUGUAGUGUUAAUGACAGAUAUAGUAAAGGUUAAUAUCUGUCAUCAAAUUCAGCAGUGUUGACAGAGACGUCAUAAUCAUAUAGGAACCAGAAAUAUCCAGAGGCAUAGGCUACAGAAGGCCAAGCACUGUAAUGAUAAUGAGAGUACCUCAGCUUUAAAACAUCACACAAUCCACUGUGAUGUCUGUUUGUAAAGUAGUGACAUUUAGUUUUGAGUUUACUAACUGGCAAUAUUAUUUUAUUCUCAGAAGAUUUCCUUUCUUAAAUAAUCCCCAUACACACAACUAUACUUUGUGUAAUUUCCAUAAUCCCUUUUAGUGUGGAUCUGUAUGUGAUCAUAAUGCUUCCCCCUCCUCAGUCAAUUAAGGGAGCAAGAGCAGUAUUGUCUCCUCUUAUACGCAUCACAGGAUAACUGUCUAAACUCCCACGCUUAAAAGCAUAGCGAUGAGGACACAAACUGAUUUCACCGGUGGGGUUUAAUGUAGAAAACCUUGCACACCGCAGAAAACACUAUCUAUGUUCACUUGGUCACAACAGGCUACAGUCUCCACCUGUCAGCACUGAUGAACCUGGUUAUUAUCUCUGAUUGACAGUAUUUUUCAUAUGUUUAAAAAUUGUUUUACUACUUUUACUUUUCUGCGUGCUCCUGCGAGGUAAGUGCAUGCUGCAGAUAGGGAUAGGACAAUAUGAACAUUUCCUGUCACAAUUAUCUUGGCUAAAAUAAUUACAAUACACGAUAUUAUCACGAUAAUCAUGAAAAUAUACUUAAUACUUUUAAAAUAGCACUAAGUCAUACUGGAAUCACUUUACCUUACAUUUUGUUAAGACACAUUGAUUUAUUGUAUUACAGACACAUCUCCCUGUUCUUUAUUUAGGAAUCUAUACUUUUUCCAUGGUUUUCUACAGUUUAACCUUUUUUUGUGAGGAUACAACUGGCAAGCUGAGCCUUCAGCCAUGGUGACAGGAUUAGGAUUUUGGAAUGACCGGAAAGAUGCAGGCUCCCUUUUGUCCCCUUGUUCAUAAUAAUUCAGGAAAUCAGUGUAGGACUUUAUGCUGGAGAGCUACACAGCUUUUUAUAUUCAUGAUUAUCACAAUACAUUUAUGUGUUUUUGUAAUUGUUUUUUAUUGCAAUACGCAGUGAUAUCGUAUAUCGUCCCAUCUCUAGCUGCAGAUUAGGCUGCACGUUUAAACAGCAGAGAAACAAAAGUAACAGAGAAAUUUAAAUAAGACUUUUGCAUUUGGAAGACGAAAACAAGAAAACUGAAUGAACAGAUGAUACACAUACCGUAUACCUAGACAGUACCUACGGAAGCACAUUUAGAAUGGCAACAAACACCUAUGUGUCCACUUAUAUUGUCCAGUUACUAAUAGUUAAUCCACACCUGUCCAAUCAGAAUUUAAAAUAUUGAGCAGCCAUGUUGCAAACUAAAAUAAUACAGUUUAAACUAGAUUUGGGGUCACAUAAUAAGUUCAUUAAGCAGGAUUUGGCUUUGAUGUUUAACUUUAGUCUUGCCAAUAAAUCUGUAAUUAAUCAAAUUACCAAAAACCUUUUACAUGAAUUGAACCUGGGACUUUUGGGGGCCUGGGUCCUGUUCUAGUUUUGUUAAUAAUCCAGCCUUGCAUUUUGGGAUCUGUUAGUGCAAUAAUAAAAUCAGAAAGUGAAUCUUUUACAAAACAACAGAAUUAGCACUUAUUUGGAAGUGGCCAAGCUCACAUAGUUUGGACACAUUCCACCCACAUUUCACAUAUGAGCAAUAUAAAGAGCGAAGCGGAUGUAUGUGUUAUGAGAGACAUAUUUGUCACUGAUGCAAUCUCCUCCUUUUUAUUCUAUAUGAAAGACUGCAUUGGAACAUGGCUGUAGAUCAAGUUUAGGAGAGCAAGUUUCCCCCCGCAGCUCCACAGUGGGGCUCCAGGCCGUGUCUUGGUGAUUCUCUGCCAGCUCUGGCAUCUUGAAGUGAUCAUGCGUUGAGAGCUGUGCUGCUUGUUUGAAGCUGACUGUUUCUUGUUGUAGAAAUGGAACAGGGCUGUGUGCAUUUAUAAAACUACCGGGACAAAUUGUCUGAUGGUUCACACUGCCUAUUACGUCACACCGACUCCACGCUCUGGCUGAGGUCUCAUUCUAAAAAGGCUGUUUACAUGACACUGUUCAUUAACCUGUGUAAUCUGUGUGGGCUUUUCUUUAAUAUAUUAGACAAUUGGCACGAUGAUGUGUAGCACUUGAAAACCUGCUUUCUAUUGGAAUAAUGAUGUAUUUUCUAACCCUGCUGCUGUACAUGUUUGCUGGAAGGAACUGAACUUCAAAGCUCAAAAAUUGGACCAAAUGAGAGGAUAAGCCAGAUAGUUGUAUGUACUAUUUUUAUCAAUGAAAUAAUCUUUGAUUUUCGCUCGCGUUAAACUGUGGCAAGACAUCUAGUUUCACUGUGAUAUAUUAAGGAUAAAUUACUUUACGCAUCCUUCACUGACUUAUGUAAAAUCCAGUAAUAUCAGGCCAUACACGUAAUACUUUACUGUUCAUGUAAAUGCUGAUCACUGUUCAAGCUUAGUGGUGAUUAAGAACUAAGACCUGAGAGGAAUUCUUAGUGGAAAAAUCUGAUUUAUGUGAAAUCUUAUAAUGUGCUGUAUUCUCAAGCCUUGUUGAAAUGCAUUAAUGUACAA